ACUCGUGGAUAAUGAAACCCGAAAAGCUUUUCCAUUAAGGCUCGAUAGUGCUCCUCAUUAACCUUUGGAAAGGUGUGGGGGUUGCUUCUCUUUCUCACUCUAAUAGGCAGGCACUUGGAUCUGCGUGCCACUCAUUGCCUCUGUGUGCAGCACAAGUGUGUUUAUACGAAACCUGCUGCUGCUGCUGCUGCUGCACUAGCACCGUCUCCUCCCACUUCCAAGAUCUGGUCAACAGAGUUCAGUGGCAGAACAACGCCUUGGAGGGAAACCGGACAGGGUAAAAAGUUCCCGUACUUUAACAUAUUGCAUCUCAAGUAUGGAGCGCCUUCUCCAUGUAGCUGACAGAGAGGAUCGGCGGUGUCUCAAAUAACCGGGCAACACUUUCAUCUCAGGACAUUCCUUGGAAACAGCCAAGCAGUGACCCCCAGCAAGACAGCAGAGACAAAAAAGCGACACCAGAAAGCAUGUUUGCUGUUUUGACUGCAGCAUCGAUAUUGGAUCUGCAGCACUGAUCUGAAGCUCAUAAAGUUACCACCAUGUCCAACACUACCGAGGAAGCUCCGUGCUGGCCCACACCCGAGGCACCCCACCGAUCCACGCAACUGAGCUUCAGGGCUAAGACGGCCGUCACUGCUGUCUAUGGGGGCCUCUUCCUGUUCGGGGUGCUGGGGAACCUCCUGGUCCUCAGGGUCACCUGGAUCCUGAAGCGUGGGACCUGCAUCCAGAAAAGCGUGUGCUACCACGUGACGAGCAUGGCUUGCUCUGAUCUCCUGAUCUUGAGUGUGGGAAUCCCCGUGGAGCUCUACAGCAUCAUCUGGCACCCCUUUCCCUGGAGUAUGGGGGACGUGGGCUGCAAAGGCUUCUACUUCUUAUGGGAGACCUGCAGCUAUGCCACUGUCUUCAACAUCCUCGCCUUCAGCCUGGAGCGCUACCUGGCUGCCUGCCACCCUCUCAGAGCCAAGGCGAUGUCCAGGGGCCGUUCCAAGAGGCUUGUUGCCUUGGUGUGGCUGCUCUCGUUGGUGUGCGGGGCGCCCGCCCUCUUUGCCAUGGGCGUGGAGGACGCGCUCUCCCCUUUUCGGGAUUUCGGAGACCCCCGCCCACCCGUUCUGGUCUGCACCAACAUCCCGUCGCAGGAGGGCACAUUCAAGGCCCUGGUGUGCACCUCCUUCGUCCUGUAUCUGGGGGUUCUGCUGUCAGUGGGGGUCACAUGCCAGCAGAUGGUGCGUUCCCUGCUCCGAUGGCACCCUGAUUCGGUGUCGGUCAGGUGUCUCGAUGGCUCCUUCCAGAGGCUGCCCAAAUUCGGAGAGGCAGGGAGAGCGGGGGCCAGGAGGCAGAAUGUGCUGAUGUUGGGUUGCAUUGUGGGUGUGCUGGCGGUGUGCUGGGUCCCUUUCCAGAGCCGGCGCCUCAUGACGGUGCUGCGGGGGAAGAGCCAUUGGACGGAGGACUACUACCGAUCCUACAUCACCCUGCAGCCCAUCGCCAACGCAUUCUACUACCUCAGCUCCAGCGUCAACCCCCUGCUCUACAACGCCACCUCCAGGCAGUUCCGGCGCGUCUUCUCACGCCUGGUGCAUUACGACUCUUUCACUUCCUUCUCUGGCUCCGCAGUCAGACGACGGGACUCUCCCUCGCCCUGUGGCGUUUUGAUAACCCCCACUGCCGGCGCCACAGACCCAGGGAAACCCAAGGGGAGGCUGGUCAGAAAAAGGGAGUCUUGCACUGAGGUAUAAAACUCAGUUGCCUGUAAUACGCGUGGCAGGGUUCCGGUUUGAAGUAGGAUUGACACCUGUCCCUGUUUUCCCUGGAUCUGUCCCGGUUUUGAGAAAGGUGUCCCGGGAUUUUAAUAUACCUUCCCAGGACACUACAUGAUCACUACAAACAUCUGAUGCUUCCUCAGUCAUGUAGAUUAUGACAGCAGCAGCACGUUUUGCUGUCUCAAUCCCCAAGUCUCACCUGGUGUGCCAUGCAGUGACCUGAAACCUAGACUCUUGAAACCAAAUUUCUUCCAAGGCACAAAGUGGCUUCACAUUCCCUUUAUUAAGAAUUAGCCCAGAGCCGGCUCCUUCUCCACCCUCGCUCCGCAGUGGUGGAAUGACCUUCCUACAGAUGUCAGGACUGCCCAGUCCCUGACCACCUUCCGGCGCCUCCUCAAGACUCACCUCUUCAGACAGCACCUGUAGAACUCUUUUUUCCCUCUGGACACUUUAUCACUCUUCCUUAAAUGCGCUUUACUUGCUCUUAUCUGCCCCCUAUUUUACUGCAUUUAAUCCUGUACUUUAGAGUACUGUAAUCUGUCAAGUGUUAUUUAAUCUGUAGUAUUUUGUAUUUAAUUAUAUCCUGAUGUAGCUAUCACUGACACUGUUAUCUGCUCUGUUAUUAAAUUGUAUUUUGUCAUACUUGUACUUGCUAGAACCAAAGUCGUUGUAUUUAUCUUGCUCUUAAUUGUAUUAUUACUUGUACUGUGAUUCUUGGAAUGUAAUUUUGUUUACGACUGUAAGUCGUCCUGGACAAGGGCGUCUGCUAAGAAAUAAAUAAUAAUAAUAAUAAUAAUAAUAAUAAUAAUAAUAAUAACUAGGACAAGACAAGUGUGUUUAAUACCUGAAAAGACAAGAUCCUCCCUGUGUAUCGAAUUAAUGCCCAAAUGAUGGCCUAACAAUAUUCCCCACCACCCCCCCCAGGUUUUUUAAGAGCAGUUAUUUUACCCAUUUAACCCAUUUUUGA